AUGUUGCAGACGACCGGCGUUCUUGCUCUCGUUCUCUGUUCCCUUCUUUCCGUUGCCCCUGCGCUGGGCAUGAAUCGAGAUGGAGAGUUGCUGCUCGGUUUCAAGCGGUCCAUCGUCUCCGACCCCCUCGCCGCGCUCGCUGACUGGAACUCCGACGACGCCACGCCGUGCUUCUGGAACGGAGUCGCUUGCAUGGGAUUCCCCGCUGUGGACAAUGCCACUGCGUCCGUUGCCUCCCGUGUUAUAUCUUUGAUUCUUCCUGAUUCUCACCUCUCAGGCCGUGUCCCGCCGGAGCUCGGCCUCCUCGAGCAUCUUCGCCACCUCGACCUCUCCGGCAACGCGAUUUAUGGCACACUCCCGGCAUCCAUUCUCAACGUGUCUGAGCUGCGGAUCCUCUCCCUGGCUAGCAACGAGAUUUCCGGCGAUUUCCCCGAUGUCGGUCGCUUGAGCAACCUCCAAGUGCUUAAUCUCUCCGGCAAUGCUUUGGAAGGCGGAAUACCGGCCACCCUCGCGCUGCUUCCGAGACUCGCCGUCGUCUCCGUGGCGAAUAAUCACCUCUGCGGCGAGCUCACCAAGGGAGGAUUUGGCAAAGUUGAGUACUUGGACAUGAGCUCCAAUCUCGUCAACGGCACAAUCCCGCAGGACUUCGACGGACGAUGGCUUCGGUACCUUAACCUGUCGCACAACCAGUUAACUGGCGAAAUUCCGCCGGCGUUCGCCUCGGAAAUUCCGGUGAACGCCACCGUGGAUUUGGCCUUCAAUCAUCUCACCGGAGCAGUUCCACAGGUAGGUGCUUUCGCGUCGCAGAAGCCGCAAGCGUUCGCCGGGAAUCCGGAGCUCUGCGGGAAGCCACUCGAGAAUCUCUGCACGAUCCCCUCCACGCUAUAUAAGCCGCCGGAUCCAACAACCGAAGCCCCAUUGGCGUCCAAGUCUCCUCCCGCUUUCGCUGUCCUGCCCAAAAACGCCGAAGGGGAUUCACCGGCGAGUGUGGGAAAAUCUCAGGGCAGGCUCCGCCCGGCGGUAGUCAUUGCGAUAGCAGUUGGCGACCUGGCCGGAGUUGGGUUUCUUUUAGCAGUGUUCUUUUACGUGUACCAGACGAAGAAGAAGAAGAGUGGAGAACAUAGAGAAGAAAUAAGUCAAGAGCACCAGGCAGCCGAGGCUGCUGACACUGAAUGCCAUGUCUUCGGUGGCCUUCCGUGUUGCCUUACCAAGAAAGGGGACGAAGAUCACAGCGAUGAGACUUCCGGCGAGUCCACUUCCGUCGAAACAGAGGCAAAGGAGAGACUCCACAAGGGAAGAGAAAGGGAUGACGGUGACGGCGGCGGCGGCGGAGGAGGGACCCCUCCACUACCGCGGCAGCUGAAGCCACAGAGGGCCACUCUCGUCACCGUCGACGGAGAGCCGCAGCUGGAGCUCGAAACCCUGCUCAAGGCUUCGGCUUUCGUGAUCGGCGCCACCGGGUCGAGUAUCGUCUACAAGGCGGUUCUCACCGACGGCACCGCCCUCGCCGUGCGUCGCAUCGGAGAGGGCGGCGCCGUUGACAGAUUGAAGGACUUCGAAGCGCAGGUCCGUAGCGUCGCCAAGUUCCGCCACCCGAACCUCCUCCGCCUCCGCGGUUUCUACUGGGGCGCCGACGAGAAGCUCCUCAUCCACGACUUCGCCUCGAAUGGCAGCCUAGCCAACGUCUCAUUUACCAAGAAGCUUGGCUCGUCGGCGUUGCACCUGAACUGGGAAUCGCGGCUUCGAGUGGCGAGAGGACUGGCCAAGGGACUCGCUUACCUCCACGAGAAGAAGGCCACCCAUGGCAACAUCAAACCAAGCAACGUUCUCCUGGACGCAGAGAUGGAGCCGAAGAUCGCCGACUUCGGCCUGGAACGCCUCAUCUCCGGCGACGGCGUCCCCCGAUUGAGCGCAUCAGCUCGGCUCUUCGGAACCAAGCGGCCGGUGCAAUCGCCGAGCAACCCGACGGAACUUCCGUCGCCGGCGUUGUCGGGGGUCACUGAAGUCAGCCCUCGCGCAUCCACCUCCGGCACGGCGGCGGCCGCUGGGUUGGUUGCGGCGGCACGGUACCAGGCGCCGGAGAAGCUGAAGAACCUGAAGCCCAACGCUAAAUGGGACGUGUACUCCUUCGGGGCUCUGCUUCUGGAGUUAGUCGCCGGGAGAGCGCUUUCGGAGGCGGAGAUCGGGCAGGGGGCAGCGGGUUUCGUGGUGGAGGAGAGGAACCGGAUUCUGAGGAUGACGGACCCGGCGGUGAGGGGGGAGGUGGAGGGGCGGGAGGAGGCGCUGCUGCGCUGCUUCAGGCUGGGAUUUGAUUGCUGCUCGAUAGCGCCGCAUCGGAGGCCCUCCAUUAAGGAUGCGGUCUUAGUGUUGGAGAAGGCAGCGCUAUGCUCCGCCGCCGCAUCCACUGCUUUCGCAAUUGCAGAAUCAUGAUGGUGACAACUCAGUAGACUUAGAAUAAUUUAUAUGAAUCUUUGCACACUAUUUGAGAGAAUAAUUACAUGUUCGUUCUCUUCCAUUUAUCUAUUGUAACUAGACAUACUAUUUCGUAUGUAAAUUGUAUAUUCUUAGUUAGUUGGAUAUAAG